AUGCCAUCGGUCGUGUAUCCUUACACCGUCACCAAUAGUUACAAAGGGGGUCUCUUCAUGCGUACUUACAGCCGCAAUGUUCGACGCGCCUGGGAUGGCGAAGACUAUCGCGCCCCAAAGCGCCAACGCCUGAACGAUGCCUGGAACGCGCAUUCCUCUUCCUGUGCUGCAGGUGCCAAUGAGAAUACCAUGAACGAUGUCGACAUGGAAGACAGUCUCGAACGCGCCAUUCGCGAAACGAGUGUGGCGGCGUUGUCUUCGUCGCCUUCGCGGAAGAAUAGCACCAUCUUUUCUGCAGAAUCACAAGAGGACGAUUUAGGUUCUAGCACAAUCACUCCGCCAUCCUCCCCUCCGCCAGAACUACAACUCACUCCGCCCAACAUCAAGGCACGGAAACCCACGUUCUCGUUCCUCGACAAGGCCAAAAAGGAAAAGGAAAAGAAAGAGAAGAGCGCGAAGCGGAAACGCGUAGGGCCGUCGACUGGUCCGGACAGUGCCGCAAACACGCGUCUGGACUCUGAGCCGCUCUCCGAGAUUCUCAACUCGAGUGCACGUGGUCAAGGCGCGCAGCCUCCGACCAACGACGCGUCGAAUGUCCACAAUCUCGAUCAAACGCCGCGACAAUCGACACAGGCCUCCAAGCCGGCCGCACCCAAACAGCAUCUUAUUCAGACCAUCCUCGACCUCGGUCAACCACUCGUGCCGACAACAUGCCCUCAAUGUCAGAUGUCGUACACGCCUUCACUGCCCGAAGACACGCAACUCCACAACAUGUAUCACAACCGACACAGCUCCGGAAUCGAAAUGGGAAAACCAUUCCUUAAGUCGGCAAUGCGUUGGUGCUACCAAGUGCCCCACAUACCCGGUAGUGUCGUGGUUGUGGACCGGAAAAUCGCCAUACCCGGCCGACGAGCGGUCCAAAAGGUUCUGGAGAUCGUCAACAAGGAGCUUGGAAGCGUCGACAUCAAAGAGGAGGAACUUUGGAGCCAACGCGCUCUCGAAGGUGAAAGAGAAGAUGACCCUCAAACCCGCAAGUGUGACCGAUACAAGGCUUUCUUGCACAUAGUGGAUGACAAGUGCGUGGGCAUUUGCCUCGCCGAGCGCAUCACCAAGGCACACCGAGUCCUGCCAGGCGAAACCGCGACCAGUGAAACUAUUCCCUUGAACGACCAUGUUCAACCGGCCGGUCCUGCAACGCCUGCGGCCACCGAGACAAGUCACGAACAAGUGGCCGAGAAUCCGCCGAAGCCGCAAAUCCCGACUCCGGUUGCCAGCCCGACGGCGUCUUUUGCCUCGUCCAGUAUCACCAUCUCCGAGGAAACUUACCCGGCCGUGGUUGGAGUCAGUCGCAUCUGGACUAGCCGGGCAUUCCGUCACAAGGGUAUUGCCAACAAUCUCUUGGAAUGUGUCAUGAGUCAAUUCAUCUAUGGAAUGGAAAUCGAACCCCAGCAGGUCGCUUUCAGCCAGCCGACAGAGAGCGGAGCCGGUCUCGCAAGAGCGUGGUUCGGUGAAAAUGAUGGCUGGGCUGUGUACAGAGAAGAGUGA